UAUUCGGGAAGUUUACCAUUGCGACGCGAAGACAUUUCAUCCAAAAUCGAAGAAGAUGCAAGCCGAUGAUGACAGUCUCACACACAGCCGCGUCAGCGAGCUGGCCCAAGAUCAUCUGCGAAACAAAGAUGGUACCUCUCUUUCCUCGGCCCGCGCCGCACUCUUUUCGGUACACGGGUGUGACGCGCUUUAAAAGAGCUUUUGUAUUGUAGUCAUUCCAGUUUACGUUUAUUUCGUAUAUUAUGUUAGAGGGGAAAGUUUCACUGGCAUAAAUGAUUUGUUAUGACAUAACAGUUGCAGUACAUGGCGUUUUUUUUUAUUUUUAUUUACCGAACUCCUCCUGACCGUUAGAGGCGCAACAGACACACAGAACAUAGUAUCACUCAUGUUACUUGUGACCCGGAUGUAGUCCCCCACCCCUUCCAAAAAAAAAACAAAAAAAACACGCGAACAUUUUGGCGUCGUGUUGCUUCUGUAAUGGAUAAACGGAGUAAAUCAAGUUCGCAGGAUUUGUUGUCAUGCGGUAGCGGUGGAGGUCUCGUUGAGAAGCUGCUGCUGAAACCACGGGAUGGGCUGAAGACAGAAAGAGUUCCACGCAGCAGCGUGAUGGAACGGCUGCAGAAUUUCCUCCCGCAGAUCGCGGAAGCCAAUCAGAAGCUAAAGCAGCAGAUUGAAGAAACUUCUGCAACACAUUUCGACAUAGAGGACGUUGAGGCGGCAGAGAAAAUUAUCGAGAUGGACGUUGCGCUGGUAGAGCUCAGCGGAUCAGAUAGCGAGUCGGAGGAGGACAAGGAGAGUUCUUCUGACUCCGAGGAAGAGGAAUCGAACAUGAUUUUAACCGAGCGGAAUCUCAAACUACCGGGACACAAAGGCAAGAAGGAGAGCAUCAACAUCCAGGUUGUGGAACAGCCGGAGAAAUAGAUGUGUCGUCCACAUGGGAGAUUUAAGACUUUUAUAUUGACAAGACCGGACUGUCUUGGGUGAUUAAAAGGACACAAAAGCUCCUUUACUGAACUGAAGAGCCUCCCCAUGGGAACAGUUUGCACUCAUUCAGGAUGGAGUCGAGUCAUUUGCCUUAAGGGUCGGAGCAGAUCCAGCAAUUAAUUACGUGUUUGCCCAAUGGGGAUUCUUUUUUUUUUUUUCUUCUUUUAGUCUCCCCAAAGUGUUACAUGUAGUUUUGAUGUACAGCAAGCCAUUCCGGAUAAUAAAAGGACUCUGAUGGGUUUGGGGAUGACAA